AUGAAAUCCUUUAAACUUAUUGUUCACCAGUGCAGCUUUAGCCCUGUAGAUUUAAUAAUAAACCUGAAAGAUUAUCCCGGAUUAAAAGAAAAAGAUAUAGUUGAAAUUUAUCAUCCUGAAAAUGAUUAUCCUAGAUUACUCCUACAAGUGACAAAAGUGGAAGCUCCAGGACGAGCAGUAAAGGAUACUAUAAGUGUAGAGCAGAGCAUAGCAACCACAUUUCAACUGAGAACUUUUGCUGAUGUAUAUGUGAAUAUUGUCAAUAUAGCUGAUGUUGCAUUGGAUUCAGUGGAACUAACCUUUAGAGAUCAAUACCUGGGACGAUCUGAAAUGUGGAGAUUAAAAAAUAAUUUGGUGAGCACAUGCGUAUAUUUGAAUAAAAAAAUUGAAUAUUGUGGAGGAGCAAUCCGAUGUCAAGUUUACGAAAUGUGGUCUCAAGGCGACAGAGUUGCCUGUGGUGUCAUCACUGAAGAUACUAAAAUCGUAUUUAGGUCUUCAACUUCAAUGGUCUACCUGUUCAUUCAAAUGUCUUCAGAAAUGUGGGAUUUUGACAUUCAUGGAGACUUAUAUUUUGAGAAGGCUGUGAAUGGUUUUCUUGCUGAUCUAUUUGCCAAGUGGAAGAAAAACGGAAGUAAUCAUGAGGUGACAAUAGUAUUGUUUUCUAGAACAUUUUACAAAGCUAAAUCUUUAGAAGAAUUCCCACAGCACAUGAAAGAAUGCUUACAAAAAGACUACAGGGGUAGAUAUUAUGAAGAUUUCUACAGGGUGGCUGUACAAAAUGAAAGAUAUGACGACUGGUCAAACGUGCUGCUGCAGUUAAGAAGACUAUUUACUGAUUAUCAGAAAAUUGUUUUGCAAUAUCAUGAGAGACCUAACAUGGAGAUACCAACCGCUAUCAAUUCUACGGCUGCACAAGGAAAUUUUCUUGAAGUACUCAACAUGAGUUUGAAUGUCUUUGAAAAACAUUACUUAGACAGAUGCUUUGAUAGAACCGGACAGUUGAGUGUCGUGAUCACACCUGGGGUAGGGGUGUUUGAAGUGGACAGGGAAUUGACAAAUGUGACAAAACAAAGAAUAAUUGAUAAUGGUGUUGGCAGCGAUUUAGUUUGCGUGGGAGAGCAACCCUUACAUGCUGUGCCUUUAUUAAAAUUUCAUAACAAAGACAGCAACCUCAACUCGAUUGAUGAUUAUUCUAUGCCUCAUUGGAUCAAUUUGUCAUUUUAUUCAACAAAUAAAAAGGUGGCAUAUUCGAACUUCAUACCGAGAAUAAAGUUGCCACCGAGGAAAAGUCAAGAGCCUUUGAAAAAAAUGUAUGAGGACGAAACUAAGGGAAAGCUGUUAAAAGAAGAUGAAUAUAUGCACAAUUCUAUUUUCGAUUACGACGCAUAUGAUGCACAAGUGUUUCAGUUACCUCCGGCACAUAGCACAUGUGUUCAAAGGGUUCCUCGCACAAAGAAAACUUCUGUUGCUGGUUUAGAAGGGAUUAGUCGGAAGAGCCCGCCCGCUUCAGUUGUAUACCAUAGAAAAAUGUCAGACCCAGAUAUCCAUCAUAGCCUCGCUGAUAUGCUGACUGGUGGAAGUAAAUAUGGCGUAAAUGAGUCUAGCAGUGACACGACCGAUUCUCCUACAUCCAUCAAUCGUCUGUCUCCAAGAAGUUCAAUCUCAUCAAAUAAACCCGUUAUCCGAACUGGAAGGGCUCUUAUCAAUCCGUUUGAUCCUUCACAUGUGAAAGUGAAACUUACAAGUAACCGAAGGCGGUGGACGCAUAUCUUUCCAAAAGGUCCAAAAGGUGUUCUUAUCCAACAACAUCAUUAUCAAGCUAGACCGGCUGGUGAACCUGCGUCGAGGAACGAGGACAACCGCUGCGAAAAUAACAUUGCAAAAGAAAAUGGUUUAUCUAUCAUGAACAACAACCAUUCGGUAUAUCAAGUUGAUGGUAACAUGAUGAGCAAUCGUAAGCGUUUGAUAAGUGCCUCAGGUGCGCUGAGUGUACUGGGAACCGCUACGAGCGUUUUAGGAACAGGUUCGAGCGGCUUGAGCUCAGGUUCCAGCGGCUUGGGCACGGGUUCGAGCGGAAUGAGCACAAUAUCAAGCGGUUUGGGUACGCCCACGACUACAUCUACAACUAACAACGCAUCGUUAGCGUUGCUUUGGGGAGCCACUGGUGAACAAGAGUGGACACCAGCACUUACUACAGGCGUGGACUGGAAGUCCCUAACGAUCCCGGCGUGCCUUCCUAUCACCACUGACUACUUCCCCGACAAGCGGUCGUUGCAGAACGACUACCUCGUGUCCGACUACAACCUGCUGCCUGACGACGUCAAUGCUGACUUUGCUCAAAAUCGAGCUAUUUAUAAGAAACCACUCACCACCAUGGAGGUCUUUAAGGAGUUGGUUUCCACGAGAUUGGCACAAGGCUUUCAGCUGAUAGUAGGUCUAAAUGAGAACGAAGUUUUAGAAGCUCACUGUCCUACGACACCAGCGCCACCGCCUUCUAAAGUGGCUCCUCAGUGCGGAAAGCUGGCCAACUCGGCGCCAACAAAACGUUACCUGCUCUCCAUCGGCAGGAUAUUCCACAAGCUCACUCUUGUCGGAUCCACUAUUACCGUAACGAGAUACCGGCCCAGGCAUCCGUAUCCUCCUUUUAACAUUCACUAUCGCUACCGCUUCCACGCGCCCAAUCACGACACAUACGAGGUAUCUUGGGUUUCCUUCACCACUGAGAAGCUGGAAAACUAUAGCUGGAAUUACAUGGACCACUACAUUUGUACCAGAGGUGACACAGACUUCGCACUUGUUGAGGCCCUCAAAUACUGGCGUUUUAGGACUCUGCUUUUGCCACUGACUAAUCCAGCAACCAAACAAAUAUUAGAAGACGAAAAAACGCAUUGUGACAUUUAUCCUACACCGACACGUCAGGAUUUGGACCAACUCACCGAUGCGUCGUUGGGUGGUGAGCGGUGGGGAGGCGACGUAGUGGUGGGGCGGUCGUGCACUACAGGGCGUGGCGCUGUGCUGCAGAUGGCGCUGGCGGGCGCGGCCGCGACGGACGCGGCACUCACGCGCCGCCGCCACUCCACCUCCAUCCUCACGCGGAGCGCGCAGCAGGGCGGUGUGUCGAGCUCUCCGUUCAGAGAGCGCGUGGGCAGCACUCGUCUGCCGGACCGUCCACGGCUCCGGAUCGAAGCUAUGGCUGCAGCUAAAACUGUCCUUGAAAGGACGCAAUCGCAAACUGGUGACACUGAAGAUACAUACGAUGAUGGAGUAAUAGAGCCUAAGUUAAAAGCAAACUCUAGUCUGUCGGAAAUAAUAGAGCGUAUGCGACAUCCAACGUUAGGCGUGGGUUUUCUACAGCAGACCGUGAGUCUGCCUUCUCAGGCCUUCGUCUCAAUAUACGCAAUACACUGGCUACAGGCCAACAUGGAAUCAAUGACAUACGAGAAGGCUACCGCUAUUAUGGAUAAAAUGCUACAAGAGAAAAUGAUUUGUCACGCGUCGGGCGACACAACGAAACGCUUCGUAGUUGGAUAUUACAUGUACCAUAUUCUGCCGCAGAAAAAGGACAAAGAAUCAACGGAGUACGUUAAGCCACUAGGUGACUUGCAGAGCUUCGAGAACGAGUGGAUGGAGGUGGAGGUGUUGGGGCCGCGGUCACCACUGCUGGCGCCGGCGCCGGGCGGCCGAGACAUCGCGGGCGCGCCCGCCGCGGCCGCUGAGGCGCCCGGCGCGCCCGCCUUCCUAUGCCACAACAUCGACCCGCGCUACAUGGACCACGGCGCCGAUAGCGACAUGCCACUGUACAAGAAUACUCAUCUAGACAUUGAUGUAAAUAAUAAAAGCGAUCGCAUCGAGUGGGGACACGCGCGUUAUCAAGCUACGUUCCGACCCGACCAAGCCUAUGAAAUGUGCAUACAGUGGGCAGUCGCCAGUGGAAAUAUCGUCGCUGAGCUGAUCUUAGGAUGGGCGCGUAAAGCACAAAACUGCCGUUUGCAAAUGUUGCCUAUUCCAGCAGACCCGCUCGCUCUACCAUUUACUUUAAAAUCGGAUCCGUUGCGCGGUCCAAUUUAUAUACCGCUAAAUGAAGAGCCCCUGUUGAGAGGAAAGAAUGCUUUAUUUGAAGGAUUCCCAGAGGAAACGUGGCCGGAGCGGCUGUUCUUAUUCCAAGAGGCUAUUGCGGGCCGCUUCGGCUUCACCAAAUGCACAGUGGAGAGCACGUCGCACGAGGGCGUGGGCGACCAGCUGUACGUGCACGUGACCGGCAACAUGUUCGUGCUCAUCCCCACCGCGGUCAAGUGCACUGAGCACCGCGCCCGCACCAGGCCGCCCAACAAACCGCUCAAUGCCAGCAGGUAUCCAGUACACUCAGAAAUAGCUCCUAGUCCACACAAAGGCUACAUAUCCUGGCAUGUAAGCGGCAAAAAUAAAGAUGAUUAUGAUAACAGUAGAAGAAUGGGUUUUUUGUGGUCAUGGAACCAUAUGAUUUCAAAAAAGUGGAAAUGGCUACAGCCGGCUACUGGAGAUGAGACGUUCCAAAUGAGGAUGCUGAGGGACUUCAAACAUUUCUGCGCGAAUCACGAACAAAGACUAAGCCAGUUCUGGGACCAGUGCUGGGAAUUGCAUGAGAAAGCUUCAGGAAUUAAAACUUGUUGA